UACAUUACUUGAGAAUUGAGAUCCAAACUCUGAUAUUUACAGCGCCAUUUAAAAGAUCUGUACUAAAGGCCCAAUAAUAAUCUUUGUCAGAGGCCCAAUAAACCCUUAUAAAAGACGAUGAGCAACAAGCAAAACCAGAAACGAAAUCGAAAAAUAAAAACUUGGUGAAUAGAAUCGAUCGUUGAAACCUAAGAAUGGAUCCAAAAUCGGCCGAGUUUACAGCGGACAAUCCGCUUCACAUCUUAGGAUUCGUGUUCGAAGAGCUAUCCGCCACCAGAGUCUCCGGCCGCCUCACCGUAACUGACAAAUGCUGCCAGCCGUUCAAAGUCUUGCAUGGCGGCGUAUCCGCUCUGAUCGCGGAAGGACUCGCCAGUCUCGGCGCCGGUAUAGCAUCUGGUUAUAAACGUGUUGCUGGUGUCCAUCUUUCAAUCCACCAUAUCCGACCUGCUGCCCUCGGUGAAUCCGUCUUCGCCGAAUCUUUUCCGGUCUCAGUCGGCAAAAAUAUACAGGUAUGGGAGGUUCGGUUAUGGAAAACCAAGGAAACGGAGAAGAAGAAAAUGAUAUCAACAUCCCGUGUUACUCUCUUGAGUAGUUUACCUGUACCGGACCACGCUAAAGAUUCUUUGGACCAGCUCAAGAAGUUUGUAUCCAAGUUGUAAUUUUCAGUUUGUAUCUCUCAGACUCUCACAGCCUUGUUUGCUGGAAUAAAGAACGGUUUGCUAGUUUCGUGGUUGUAUUGUAUUGUAUCUACCAAACGAUUACAUAAAUUGCCCCCAAGUCUUUAUUUAAUCUUUGGUCUAAUUCGCA